AUGUUUGUCCUGUGGUCCGACCCCCGUGUUCCCCACAGCGAUGUGAGCAACAACAGCCUGUACGGGCGCAUCAACCGCAACUUCAAGAACAUGGUGGCGGAUGGGACUGCCCUCAUCAACUUGGGUCACAACUUCUUCUUCGGUGAUGCCGUGCUCUUUGCUGCCGGCUGCCAAGUCUGCCCUAUGGAGAUCACUGAGCCCAACAACCUCGACAUGGGGGACACCUUUGAUGUGUUUGCUGGCAAGUGCAAUAAUCUUGCAGCUACUGGUUUCCGAGAUUAUUCGGUGGCGGGGGCAGGCAAGGAGGCGAGGGUGAGUCUUUCGGGCAACUGCCUGACGCUUAGCGCCGACGCCGAUUGCUCAUCAAACGCCACCCAGCGCAGCACGGCAGCCUGCCAGGCGUUCUGCAGCAUCACGGACAACGGCCCGUGUGACGGCCAUGGGGAGUGUGUGCCGCCUGCACCCGGCUCCACCUCCAACUUCACCUGCCUCUGUGAUGCCGGCUACUCCACUAUCGACUUGGGCAACGGCUCUACCUGUGCCAUUGUCAACUCCACCACCACCACCGUGUCCUCUCUGUCCACGGGCGCCAUAGUGGGCAUUGCUGUGGGCUGCUUUGCGGGCUUCACCCUGCUGGCUGCUCUGGUCGCUUGGCUGCUGUGGCCCCGCGGACAAAAGAAGUGGGAGGGGCUGGAUGUGUGUGAGCAGUUCUCAAUACAUCAAAUGAUGAAGGCCACCAACAACUGGUCGGACGACAAUGUGCUGGGCAAGGGUGGCUUUGGCAUUGUCUACAAAGGCCACUCGCCUCAGGGCCAGCUGUGGGCUAUCAAGCGCUCCACAGUCAUGACCAACGACUUUGAAACAGAGGUGCGAGCAAUGGCUUCUCUCCACCACUCCCAUCUCGUUCGUCUGCUGGGCUUCUGUCUGGACCAAAACGUGGAGACGGGCAAGCAGGAGCAGAUCCUGGUGUACGAGUUUGUGGGCAACAGGGACCUCGAGUACCAUAUCCACUCCACCAAGAGCUAUGUGGAUCCGGAUUACAACCGCACCCACAUCAUCACUGCCAAGAGUGAUGUCUUCAGCUUUGGCAUCGUGCUUCUUGAGUUGCUCAGUGGAAAGUCACCUCAGGCAAGAAAGAGGGUUGAGGCAUUUGAGCUGAGCGAGCUCAAGGACCCCAAGAUGCAUGCGGUGAGUGAGGAGGCCAUUGUGGGCUUUGCAGACCUGGCUCUGGACUGCAUGAAGUGUCCCGGCACGCUGAGGCCGAGCAUGACAGACGUGGCAUACCGCCUCACUGCGCUCACUGAGAAGCACUGCCCCGACAAGGAGGAGUGGGAGAUUAUCGAGAAAGAGGAGAGUGCAAGCAAUGGAGUGAUGUCCUCAAGGAAUGACUCUGUUUCGUCUUGGAAUGGUGGGAGGGAUUCUCAGAUGUCUUCUGACUCGCAUCCUAGUGCAUUCUCAGCUAUGAGCAUUGGCUCAAUGGCUGAAGGCGUCAGGAGCUGGCUGCAUCUGAAGCCCACCAGUGGGUACUAA